AUGCCAGCCCAACCAAAUCCAUUCGAAUCAACCGUUUCUCGUACCGUUGAAAUUAACAACAAGCUCUACAAAUAUUAUAGCUUACCUGAUUUGAAUGAUCAAAGACUAGCUACUCUCCCAUACUGUAUCCGUGUCUUGUUGGAAAAUUGCGUGAGAAAUUGCGAUGAAUUUGCAGUAUUGAAAGAUGAUAUUGAAACAAUUUUGAAUUGGGAGCAAUCGAGCAAGAACUCCAUUGAAAUCCCAUUCAAACCUGCUCGUGUUUUGAUGCAAGACUUUACCGGAGUUCCUGCAGUGGUCGAUUUGGCAGCCAUUCGUGAUGGCGUCAAGAGAUUGGGUGGAGAUCCAUCUCAAGUGAAUCCUCUUGUGCCAGUAGACUUGGUCAUUGAUCACAGUGUACAAGUUGAUGAUUUCGGUUCCAAGGAGGCUCUCCAACAAAACCAAGAAAAAGAGUUCAAUAGAAACUAUGAAAGAUUCCGUUUUUUGAAAUGGGGAAGUAAGGCUUUCAAGAAUUUGCAAAUUGUGCCACCAGGAAGUGGUAUUGUCCAUCAAGUCAACUUGGAAUAUUUGGCUCGUGUUGUUUUUGAAAACAAUGAAGAACUUUCCGGAGAGGAUAAACAAAAGGGAGUGCAAGCUUUGUUAUAUCCAGACUCAUUGGUCGGAACUGACUCACACACAACCAUGAUUAACGGUUUGGGUGUUUUGGGUUGGGGUGUUGGUGGUAUUGAAGCUGAAGCAGCCAUGUUAGGCCAACCUAGUGCAAUGGUUUUGCCAGAAGUUGUCGGAUACAAAUUAACUGGUAAAUUAGUUGGUGCUGCAACUGCAACUGACUUGGUUUUGACCAUUACACAAAAUUUGAGAAAAUUGGGAGUUGUCGGAAAGUUUGUUGAAUUUUACGGUGAAGGUGUCAAGCAAUUGUCUGUUGCUGAUCGUGCUACCAUUUCAAACAUGGCACCAGAAUACGGAGCUACCAUGGGUUUCUUCCCAAUUGAUGAUGUUACACUUGCAUUUUUGAGACAAACCAACAGAGAUGAAGAAAAGGUCAAAGUGAUUGCAGAGUAUUUGAAAGCACAAAACUUGUUUGUCACUUAUGAAAAUGUUGAAGAAUCAAAGGUUCGCUAUAGCGCUCAAUUGGAGUUGGAUUUGAGCACUGUUGUUCCAUCACUUGCUGGUCCAAAGAGACCACAUGAUCGUGUUUCAUUGACUGAUGUUCACAAGGAGUUCAAGGAAGGUUUGACUGCAAAACGAGGAUUCAAAGGAUUCGAAAUUCCAGCUGAGGAAGUUGAAAAGACUGUUGAGAUUGAAUAUAAGGGUCAAAAGUACAACUUGACUCAUGGUUCAGUUGUCAUUGCUGCCAUUACCAGUUGUACUAACACAUCAAAUCCAAACGUCAUGCUUGCUUCUGCCCUUGUAGCAAAGAAGGCUGUCGAACAAGGACUAACUGUUAAUCCAUACGUCAAGACUUCACUCUCACCUGGUUCCGGUGUCGUUUCUGAAUAUUUGGCUGCAUCUGGAUUGCAAACCUAUCUCGAUCAAUUAGGUUUUAACACUGUUGGUUAUGGUUGCAUGACAUGUAUUGGUAACUCUGGUGAAUUGCCUGAAGUAGUUCAUGAAGCUAUUGUCAAUUCUAAUUUGGUUUCCGCAUCAGUUUUGAGUGGUAACAGAAACUUUGAGGCUCGUGUGCAUCCAAUUGUGCAAGCAAACUAUUUGGCCUCACCACCUCUUGUUGUUGCUUAUGCCAUUGCUGGUAACGUCAAGAUUGAUUUCGAUAAGGAUCCAUUGGGAGUCAACCCUACCACCAAACAACCUGUUUAUUUGAAAGAUAUCUGGCCAACUCAAGAAGAAAUUCAUGACUGUGUCACCAAGAACGUUCUUCCAAACAUGUUCAAAUCUGUCUAUGAGAAGAUUGCAUUGGGUACUGACAACUGGAACAAAUUGGAUGCUCCUGAAACAUUGUUAUAUCCAUGGGAUGAAAAGUCAACAUAUAUUCACGAUCCACCAUUCUUCAAGAAUGUUCACAGAGAAUUGGGUGCUACCAAGCCAAUUCAAAAUGCUUAUUGUUUGUUGAAUUUGGGAGAUUUCACCACAACUGAUCACAUUUCUCCAGCCGGUAGCAUUUCACUCAAAUCAUCAGCUGCCCAAUAUCUUUUGGAAAGAGGUGUUGAAAGAAAGGACUUUAACACUUAUGGUGCUCGUCGUGGUAAUGAUGAAGUCAUGGUGAGAGGUACUUUUGCCAACGUUAGACUCUUCAACAAGAUGAUUGGCAAGCCAGGUCCAAUGUCUCUUCAUGUUCCAACCAAUGAAGUUGUCUCUGUAUUUGAUGCUUCUGUGAAGUAUCGCAAUGAAGGUCAUGAAUUGAUUGUCAUUGGUGGUGAACAAUAUGGUUCAGGAUCAUCUAGAGAUUGGGCUGCUAAGGGUCCAUACCUUUUGGGUGUUAAGGCAGUUAUUGCUACAUCGUUUGAGAGAAUUCACAGAUCUAACCUUGCUGGUAUGGGAAUUAUUCCAUUGCAAUUCAAAGAGGGUGAAAGCGCUGACUCAUUAGGUUUGACUGGUAAGGAGCAAUUUACCAUUGACUUGAGUGCUGGUAUGAAGCCAUUCCAAGAAGUCAAAGUCAAAGUGACUGGUAAUGACAAGUUGAGCGAAUUCACUACCAUUUUGAGAUUUGACACAGAACCUGAACUCGAAUACUACAAACAUGGUGGAAUUUUACCAUAUGUUUUGAGAACUAAAUUGUUGCAAUAA